UUUGAUUGUGCAGCCAGCCUUCAAGAUGGCGCUGGAGAAGGAAAAGAAGUCUAAGAAGUCAAACUGCAAGUUUAAUUUGGACCUUACUCAUCCAGCAGAAGACGGAAUUUUUGAUUCUGGAAAUUUUGAACAGUUUUUAUGGGAGAAGGUUAAAGUGAAUGGAAAAACUGGAAAUCUUGGGAAUGUUGUUCACAUUGAAUGCUUCAGGAAUAAAAUCACAGUUGUUUCUGAGAAAGAGUUCUCUAAAAGGUAUUUGAAAUAUCUUACCAAGAAAUACCUUAAGAAGAACAAUCUUUGUGAUUGUCUUCGUGUGGUUUCAUCUGACAAGGAAACUUGUGAACUUCGUCACUUCCAGAUUAGUCAAGAUAAAGUUGGAUCCGAGUCUGAGGACUAA